CGAGAGGAGGAGGCGCGGCCACAGCAGCAGCAGCAGCAGCUGUCAGAGUCCCAACAGCAGCAGCAGCAGCGGGAGCAGCAGACAGAGGGAAGGUGAACUCUGAUUGAAGGUGAGUGUCUUCACGACUGAUAAUGUCGAACAGUGGCCUUAUACAACGCAUCCGCAGCCCUCCGCAACCCCCAACACCGAUACUAGCAUGUUCAAAGUUGGCUCUCUGUGUCAUGCCCAUCGCUCAGAUUGCAGUUGGUGCGGUACACCUGGAUGACUGUCCGCGACAGCGCUACAUCCCCAUCUAUUUGAUAGUGGCGGGAGUCUUUGGCCUGGUGCUGGCGCUGCUCUCCUGCCUGCCCUGCGCCAAGCAGGCCGAUGACGGCACCUCAAACCCGCUCUCUUCAAUUUGCACCACCUGGAACUCGUUGAUAGGCAUCUUCGUCUUCUGCUGGUUUAUUGCAGGUAAUGUGUGGAUAUACUCCAUUUACCAGCCCAACUACAACAAGAACACAACAAACGUGGAUCCCUACUGCGACAGGGGUCUCUACCUGUUUGCCUUCUGGACCACCACCUUAAUCUACAUCCUCCUGGGUCUGUUCCUGGUAGGCGGCUGCUGCGUAAUGGUCUGCUUCUGCCUGUGUGGCCGAGCCGACCCCGACGACGUCUAGAGACAAACAGUGAGGAGAGAGGAUGCACACAAUGAGUUUGCUGCUGAGGCUGUUAAUGUUGAUGGUUCAUACUUUGCAACACAAGACUAAUAUAUCUGAAGACCUGUCAUGUUUCACAGUGGCACUUGCCUUCAUGUUGACAGCCUAAGUUGGAAACAUACUUAACUCAAAGAUGCUGUUAAUUUUAAGACUGGUCUUAAAGGAUAACUUUGGUGUUUUUCAACCUGGGCCUGUGACUAAUGGGAACAAAUGUUUUAAAAUUUGAUAAAGUAUUUAACAAGUAACACAACAGGGUGUAAUGUGAACACUGAGCAAUAGUGCACCAUCAAUUUACGUCUAGUAAAAGUGCUGUUUUUUUGUCACUGACAGGCUCAGAUUGUUACUAUAAGUGUCUGACACUACAGAAAGGAUCCCUACAGAGAUAGGCCUUUUUAUCUUAAGAGUAACAUUGUUUUGUUCAACCAAAAACAGCCACAAAAUCGCUAUCGCCAAACCCACCAGACUCCAUUUAAAUAAACAGUAAUUUUAGUGUGUAUAGAGCCCGCAUAAUUUCACAUCUAACCAGAUGAAUUAAGUAUUUAUUUCAACCAAACCAGAGUUGGCGAUUGUUGGAUUGAAAAGAUGAACCAAGAUGGUUUUUGUGAGUUUUAUUUUGUUUUUGUCGACUUUGAAUGAAGUGUGUUUAACAAUGAUUAAAUUACUAUUUAUUUAAAUGGAGUCUGGUGGGUUUGGUGAUGGCGAUGUCGGGGCUGUUUGUCACAAGAAGGUCUAUCUCUGUAGGGAUCCUUUCAAUAAUGUUGUCAGACAUUUAAAAUCUGAGCCUGUCAGUGGCAAAAACAAAAAUGCCACAUUGCAGCCUGUCACAGCUGUCUCGCUCAAAACUCAAUUUCAAAAACGUUUUUUCCCAUUAGUCACCUCGACACAAAAACAUGACAAGCAAACAUGAAAAUAGGGUCCAAAUUUUAAAAAAUACCAAAGUAAUCCUUUAAAUAACGUCUGCAGCAGGGAUGUAACACAUGUCAGUAUAAAGGUUAAUUUUGCUACUUCUCAGUUUACUGCACGGCACACCAGCCCGGUUUGAUGGGAGCUAGCUAGUAGCACCGCUCAUUCGGAGAUUGGCGCUAGCAUUGCCGUCCCGACUCAACAGCGUUGUUGUGGAAACAAUGUGCCCACUCUCCGCUCUCCCCUCAGGUCAAUUUUGAGACACAAACCCCCUUUAGCAUUGCUAACUUUGCUUUUACUCUUAGCAGUGUUAGCACGGCUAGUGUUGCUAACGUAGUGAACAAUGCCAAAGAGGUCUUGCGACUCAAAAUGAAACUGCUAGCUCACUAGGGCUACCGAGGAGGAAGAGGCCUCCAUUUUUUCGCACCAUUAGGACAUUGUUACCAGCAGUGAUCGCUAAUGAGCUGCGCCGCUAGCUAGCUCCCAUCUAGCCUUGGUGGUGUGCAGUGUAGAGCAGCCAAGGCUAACGUUAGCUAACCAGCAGACACUGGAGGGAGGUUUCCACAUGUUAUCGCGGCUAGCCAGCCUUCUGUUAGCAAAGCCAACAGAAAAUAAAUUUUAGUCAAAACAUUUACAUCGCAAAACAUUUAAAUUUCACCUCCUCUAAAUGGAUAGCGCUUUGAAACAUAGCGCUAAAGCUAACUGAGUCAAUGGGGCGCUGGACUAAAAGGAAAGGCCUCUUGUGUUUCACCUCUUGUUGCUAUAUUUAGCCUUUUGGGCUAUUGAAAGCUAAAUUAACUGAAACUGACAGAUGUCUGUAAGAGUUUACCUAAUGCUGAGCCUUCUCUACUUCCUGCAGAAGCCGCACUGCUCUGUGUGUGACUCCUCUCUCACUUCCUGUGCAAAAGAUGAGAUGUAUUGUUUACAUGAUGAACCAGGAGGAUUUUGACUUCAGCUUUAUACAUAGUACAAGAUCAUAUGACAAGAUGUUUGUUCUUUGUUUGUUGUUUUUUUACUGUAAUGCUCAUGUUUUUGUUAAUUUGUGUCAGGAGGGCACGUCAUAAAACAUGUUCACGUUUAACCAUUCAUACUGCAAAUCUUCCCCAUCAUGCACUUACCAGACAAUGAUUUCUGAUACACUAUAAGACUAUAUGAAAUACUAUAUGAUCCAUGUUGUUUCCAGCAGGGGACAACAUUUUUAAGGUCCCCUUUUUGGUCUAAAAUUUAAUCACAACACUAAACAGAUGACUUCCACUGCUGUAUCUUAUAAUACUGUAACUAUUAAGAUCACACACAGUAUGUUACCCACAGUAAGUUGUAUUUUGUCACAAUAAAAGAGAAAGAAACAUGCAA